AAAAUUGGGGAGAGGAGCGAGAGAGAACGACCGAAACAGAGAGAUAAUCCAGAGAGAGAUGGCAAACUGUUUUGGUGACAUCGUGGACAAUUACAAGUUAGAUACAAUGCCAAGAUAUGUCGGCAAAACGAAGACUCGAGAAGACCGGGCACGAGAGGCCUCCUAUCUCAAUAAUGAGAAUGAAAAGUCCAAGAAGGCUAAAGACUAUGUGAACAUGCUGAAGGACUGGUACGGCAAUGGAGCGUCGACGCUGUGCGUGAUCUACAACCAGACGGGCGGAACCCUGCGGUACAUCGACGACAAGGACUGGCUGGGCUACCCGGGGCCGACGCCCUACCCGACGGAGAUCGGGAACGGGCAGUGGGCGUCCUUCCUCCACGUCCACAAAACCGGCGCCGCGUCGGGGUCCAUGGCCGCCGUCGUCUACCGCGGCAAGGACGGCGGCGGCUCCGAGCGCGACUUCGCAAUGGCCUGGAGCACCCCCUGGGGCGCCUCCAAGAACAGGGCCUACUGCGAGAUCGGCAGCGUCGGCUCCUUCCAGUCGCAGUGGGACAAGCUCUACACCAAUCUCAACAAGGCCGGGUACACCACCAACGCCAGUAGUACCCACUCGUCUAUUUCUGCAGCCACUGCCAAGGGCAGCUCCCCCGACUUCAAAGCAUACGUCAAGAUCCCUUACAGUGCAUGAUGUCGGUCGAUGCUGUCAAAUCCGAUCCAUCAUGGCAUCGUUCUGUUUGUACUACUUCUUCCUCCAAUUAAUAAUCGUAUAGCAGCUUGAAAUAAUAUUGCAUGCAUUCAAGCAUGAUGCAAAUUAGAAAUAAUAUACCAAUAGCAGCAGCAGCAGUAGCCUCUACACUGCUGCCAUUGUAAUAUGGAAUAAGAGAGUUCUAGUGCUUUGGUCACUCGCUUGUAAGGUAAUUAGUAAUGUUUGAGCUAGAGUUUCUCCG